AUGCCCCCAAGUAACAGCUGGUCAGCUGGGUUCAUACGACAGCCUAGUCGAGAGCUUCAACCAAAUGACCAUUCCAUGGUUCAGCACAUUCGGCAGUGUGUGAAACCGGAAGAUGGCUCUCUGGCAAACGGGGACAAAAGUACUGAUAACCAGCGCAGCUCACGGAGCAGGGAUGCCAUGCAGGCAUCACUACUUAUGCCUCUGUAUUCUGGCCAACUGCAGCUUCUGAACAAUCUUCAAGUAAUCUGCCUGUAUGGUGCCCAAGGCACGAGUGAAUGGACUCAACAGAUGCACAAGCUGAACCUGCUUGAAGAUCUUCCUGGCCAUGGCUGCCACCUGCUCCUUGUGCAGGAGCGGAGAGCCCAGGUGGCUUGCCAGUCCCAACCCCUCCCCAACUCUCUGCCGCUACUGUGCAGGUUCUCCCCCGACCUGCUGGGCCUGCUGGCGAGCUCGGCCCUGGCCUGGCUGGCCGUGGAGGUGCUGGCCGUCCUGCUGGGCCUCUACCUUGCCGCGAUCAACACAGACCUGACGCCCUUCGACCUGGUCGCCUUCUCGGGCUACAAAUACGUCGGCAUGAUCAUGGGCCUCUUGGCAGGGCUGGUGUUUGGGAAGACCGGGUAUUACGUGCUGCUCGGCUGGUGCUGCAUCACCACCUUUGUCUUUAUGAUCCGUACGCUGCGCCUGAAGAUCCUGUUGGAGGCAGCUGAAGGGGUACUGAGGCGGGAUACCCAGAACCAGCUGCGCAUGUACCUGACCGUGGCUGUGUCCGGGCUGCAGCCCCUCCUUAUGUGCUGGCUCACGUUUCACCUCAUCUACUGAUGCGUUGUUCAGGAAGCUGAUUUGUGCCCCCCCCAUGCACGCCACCUUGAGCCUCUGUCCCCUCCAACCAAGCUGCCGGGGGCUGUGUGCAUGUGCAGCAGGAAGGGGCGUGUGCGUGUAAAGGAGGCAGAGCAGGGCAAACAGGCUUCUUGGGGCCAUAAUUCAUGGCUCCCCCAGUCCUGCUUGGGGAGGGGAACUGGGAACCUUGCUCUGCUGUACUCCCCCCUUGAUUUGGCUCAAGAAGUCUGCUUGUCCUGCUCUUCCCUGUCUAGUUCCUGCCCAGCCACCCAGCACGGGUGGUGCUUGGUCUCUUCAGGACCAUGGAUUUCCAGGCUCUGCUUGUCAAACAAAAUAAAAUGUGGAAAAGAGA